AUGCUUGGUGUUACAAGGAGGAUUUGCAAUUCUAGGGAAGAGGAAGGUGAGCCAAGAAGAGGUCCAUGGACUCUUGAAGAAGACACUUUGCUUACUCGUUACAUUGCUCGUAACGGUGAAGGUCGUUGGAACAUGUUAGCAAAAUGUGCAGGACUGAAGAGAACCGGAAAGAGUUGCAGAUUGAGAUGGCUGAAUUACCUAAAACCUGACGUCAAGCGUGGAAAUCUUACUCCACAAGAACAGCUUUUGAUUCUUGAACUGCACUCCAAGUUGGGUAACAGGUGGUCAAAGAUUGCACAACAUCUGCCUGGAAGAACAGACAACGAAAUCAAGAACUAUUGGAGGACAAAGGUGCAGAAAGAGGCGCGCCAACUUAACAUUGAGGCUAGUAGUACGAAGUUUCUUGAUGCUGUUAGGAGUUUUUGGAUGCCGAGAUUGCCUCAAAAAAUGGAGCAGGCUUCUUAUUCUUCUUCCUCGACAACAAUUGACUCACAAUCACAAGCUGAUCGUGGAGUCAGGUCUCCAUCAUCCAAUUCCACAGUUCCUAGUUCAUUGUCAACGUUGUUGUGUCCUCCUGAAAGCAAAUUGGCACACUAUUCAAAUCUUGGCGGUGAAAAUUCAAGUCCACUCACAAGCCCUCACGUUCUUUCUGCAAAUUCCGAUACAAUCUCACCGCAGCCUGAAAUUCUUGAAAACCCAACUUGUUCGCCUCUCCAUGGUGAUACUUUCUACAACAACUUAAUUUUGAGUGACACCUGCUAUGACCUAGAUGGAUUCAAUCAGGCUUCUGCUGGAAUGGGCACUUAUGACAAUUCACCAUUGGAAUGCCAGAUGGCUGGAGGCAAUUGGGUGCUUGAUAGCAUGGUAGAUACUUUAUGGGAUAUGGAUGACAUGUGGCAGUUUAGGGACUUGAGAGAAACAGGCAUCUAGAGUGGUCCCUGUCGAUGAUUAGGAUCUUUUCUAUUAAUCAUCUUGACCCAGACUUCAUAUAUAUAUAUAUA